AUGAAGCACGCCGUUGCCAAGCAGCUCGUCGCCGCGGCCAUCGAGCUCGGCAGCGACAUACAGUUCUACAAGAGCGGCGUCUACUCGGGCCCCUGUGGGACGCGGCUCCAGCAUGCCGUCACCGUCGUCGGCUACGACGCCGAUGAGUCCACGGGUGAGAAGUUCUGGAUCGUUAAAAACUCGUGGGGGCAGACGUGGGGCGAGCACGGCUACAUCCGUAUGCAGCGCAAAAUCCUCGGCCCGGGGCUCUGUGGCAUCAUGCUCGAUGUCGCCUACCCGACCAUGUCAAUGUGA